GCUUCCUCUCCGACUCUGUGUUGCAUCUCAAUUCUGUUCAAUAUCUGAAAUCCCUACUCUUGCAUUGCGAAUUUGCUCUCGCGCAUUUCAUCAAGAUCGACUCUGACAGGCGCUUUACGAGCCAUCCAAGAGACCCACGAGCGCUAUAGAAUCGCUAACGUCUAAUACGCAUCUGUCAUCGCUACCUUACUCUACCUUAAUUACCCUACCCGCACCACUACAAUAACACAGAACACGUCGGGUUAAUCGUACUUCGCGGCUCUAAUCAAGCUUCGCGAAACAGCCUCUACAUUCUUACUAGACUCACAUACACUACACUCGUCUCUAAUAUCGCGUCAUAACGAUGGUCAAGGAAACGAAGCUCUACGACCUGCUAGGGAUCAGCCCUACGGCUACCCAGGACGAGAUCAAGAAAGCCUACAGGAAAGCCGCCCUAAAAUGGCACCCCGACAAGAACAAGGACAACCCGGAGGCUGCCGAAAAAUUCAAGGAGUGCUCUCAGGCGUAUGAGAUCCUUUCGGAUCCCGAGAAACGCAAGAUGUACGAUCAGUUCGGCCUUGAAUUUAUCCUGAGAGGCGGCCCGCCCCCGACUGAGGGCGGCGCAAACCCAUUUGCCGGAGCCGGUGGCAUGCCCGAGGGCUUUGCUUCUUUCUUUGGAGGAGGAGGCAUGCCUGGUGGCGGAGGAGGUGCGAGAACAUUUUCCUAUGGAUUCAAUUUUACCAACCCCGAGGACCUCUUCCGGGAUGCUUUCCGGGAUGAAAAGAUGGGUGGUGGCAUGGGUGGUGGCAUGGGUGGUGGCAUGGGCGGAAUGGGUUUUGAAGACAUCCUCUUUAAUGCUGCGCGUGGUGGUGCAGGACAGCGCCGAACUGCGAGAAACCCCUUCGGCGGCGGCGACAACAUGCGCAGCGCCCGCCAAGCAACACCCGAAGUCACGACAGUUGAACGCCCCUUGCCCGUAUCCCUUGAGGAUCUGUUCCACGGCACGACCAAGAAAAUGAAGAUCAAGCGCAAGACCUUUGACGAGACCGGUAAGCGCACGACGAGCGAUACCGUCUUGGAGGUACCAAUCAAGCCCGGCCUCAAGAAGGGUAGCAAAAUCCGGUUCAAGGGUGUUGGUGAUCAAGAAGAGGGUGGCCAGCAGGAUCUGGUGUUCGUCGUCGAAGAGAAACCACAUCCGCUUUUCACUCGGGACGGCAACGACCUCAUUCAUACUAUCGACUUAGACCUCAAGGAGGCAUUGACAGGGUGGAAGAGAACCAUCACGACGAUCGACGGCAAGAGCAUUAACAUUGAGAAGGCCGGCCCGACACAACCUGGGAGCCAAGAUGUAUAUCCGGGCCUGGGCAUGCCCAUCUCGAAGCAACCAGGCCAACGGGGCAACCUCAUCGUCAAGUAUAAUGUCAAGUUCCCCACCAGCUUGACGCCUGAACAAAAGGAAAAACUGAAGGAAAUUCUCUAAAUGGGGUCAAG